AUGUCCUAUAUGCACGAAUCCAUUGAAACCGUCUCUAAGAAAGAACCCGAAGGAACUAACACCCGCAGAAAUCGAAUCCAUCCAGCGAAGGUAGAUAAUAUAGAAGAUGACGACAAUGAUAAUUUAGUACUAAUGAAGGAAAUGGUAUUGCGAGCCAAGCCAACCGCCAAUACGCAAGCCCGAACAACCAUCUUCUGUGAGCAGGAUAAAGUACAAGAUUUGUUGCAAGAAUUACUCACGCCUAUCAAGGGGGAGCUCACCGAGGUUGACGAUAAUGAGGGGUCCGAGAAUUCAAUAUCGUCUGAUUAUACCAAAAGGGAUCCGAGCGGGAAAACGUGUGAUUAA